GAGGAGAAGACUCUCUUAAGCUUUCGAGCUAGACUUGCUGCAUCCUUCGCCUGCGAGCCCUUCUGCGGCCGCGUCCUCUUUCUCUUCCCCCUCUUCCCUGUUUCCUCCUCCUCUUUUGGUCGCAACCCGGCCUCGUUUGCCUUCUCGGUAAGCACAGCAGCAGCUAUGAAGACCAUUCUCGCAUCAGAAACUAUGGACCUCCCUGAGGGGAUCAAGGUCGAAAUCAAGGCUAAGAAGAUUAGGGUUUCGGGCCCUCGCGGUGUGCUCACCCGUGACUUCAAGCACCUCAAUCUCGAUCUCCAGCUGCAGGAAGGCGGCCGCAAGCUCAAGAUCGACGCCUGGUUCGGCACCCGCAAGACCAUGGCUGCCAUCCGUACUGCUAUUAGCCACAUCAACAACUUGAUCACCGGUGUUACCAAGGGCUACCGCUACAAGAUGAGGUUCGUGUACGCCCAUUUCCCCAUCAACGCCAGCAUCGCCUCCAGCAAGGAUAACAUCGAGAUUAGGAACUUUUUGGGCGAGAAGAAGGUCCGCAGAGUCGACAUGUUGCAGGGUGUGACGGUUACUCGAUCAGAGAAGGUCAAGGAUGAGCUAGUUUUGGAAGGAAACGAUAUUGAGCUGGUAUCUCGAUCUUGUGCUCUCAUCAACCAGAAAUGCCACGUGAAGAAGAAAGAUAUCAGGAAGUUUUUGGAUGGUGUUUACGUGAGUGACAAGGGAACCAUGGAUGCCGAGUAAAAUUAUAUGUUCAGUUUUCAUAUGCUACUCUGAUUCACUAUAAAAUUAUAGCCUCGUGUGCAGAACAGUGUCUUGAUAUGGGUGAUAAAUGUAUCUUCUAAAUCGAUUGCAUGUUCACUGUCAUCUGAACGCUGUGCUGUGAGGUCUUUGUGAACACCGGAUUUGGGAAUGCAUCAUGAAUAUUUGAUAAUAUAGUUCGAAAUUUUAGUA